GGUAAUCUGCUCAAUGAUGGGCAUCAGACAAGGCGGCAGAUUUUUGCCGAAGACGGAGUCGACUUUUGGACCGGGAAUCGGACCGAUUUGGCUUGACGAACUGGAAUGCAAUGGUGAGGAAAGCAGUGUGGCUGAGUGCAUCCACGAAGCUUGGGGCGCAGGCAAUUGUCGACACGACGAGGACGUGGCUGUCGAGUGCUUCGACACCUCAUCGGAACUUGUCACAGACACGAGACACUUCUGCGACCUAGGCCCGCAAUAUUGCCAAACGUGUGCGGAUUGCGAGAUGUUGACGAGAUUUCCGGCACAACAUCUGCAAAUCGACGAGGAAAAGUCAUCGCUGGUAGGACCACGACUCCUGGGGCUCAUCCUUGGCAGACAAGGCGGCAGAUUUUUGCCGAAGACGGAGUCGACUUUUGGACCGGGAAUCGGACCGAUUUGGCUUGACGAACUGGAAUGCAAUGGUGAGGAAAGCAGUGUGGCUGAGUGCAUCCACGAAGCUUGGGGCGCAGGCAAUUGUCGACACGACGAGGACGUGGCUGUCGAGUGCUUCGACACCUCAUCGGAACUUGUCACGUCGACGGCAAACCCUUCGUCAGGACACGAGACACUUCUGCGACCUCGGCCCGCAAUAUUGCCAAGCGUGUGCGGAUUGCGAGAUGUUGACGAGAUUUCCGGCACAACAUCUCCAAAUCGACGAGGAAAAGUCAUCGCUGGUAGGACCACGACUCCUGGGGCUCAUCCUUGGCAGGCGAGUCUGCGGAUCCGAUCCGGAACGAAAAGCACUCAUUGGUGCGGAGCCGUGAUUGUGAGUCCAAAUCACGUCAUUACGGCUGCUCAUUGCUUGGAAGAUUACCCAAAGAAAGCGUAUGUCAUCAGAGUUGGCGACUACGACACUCAAGUGGAAGACCUUGAAGAACAAGAAUUUCAUAUUGAGGAAAUGUACACUCAUGAGAAGAAACACGAAAGCAUCAGAUACAACAACGAUGUUGCUCUCAUCAAGCUCAAGUCCUCCAGGGAAUCAUUCGUCGGAUCAGCCAUCAAAUUUGGCACGAAGGUACAGGCGAUUUGUCUGCCUGACCCUGGCUCAGCGGUGUAUUCCCCUGGCCGGAAUUGCACCUUAUCUGGUUGGGGCAGCACUGGUGUCAGUUACGCCUUCAAGUUGCAAUCCGCCACAGUGCCAAUUUUAGCGGACUCGGCUUGUCGACAGCCAAAUGUCUAUGGAGAUAGGAUCACUACUGGAAUGUUUUGCGCUGGCUUUCUUACUGGCGGAAUCGAUUCUUGCCAAGGUGAUUCCGGUGGCCCACUGACGUGCGUCGAUGACGGAGUUCAUUAUCUGUACGGAAUCAUUAGCUGGGGUCAUGGAUGCGCCCAACCGAAUCGGCCUGGGGUCUACACGAAAGUCACACAUUAUUUGGGCUGGAUAUUUGAGCAUUUGAACCUAUGAAAAACUGAAUUUGUGCAAAAUUUCUUUGUGUUUUUUUGUGAGCUUUGAAUAUGUAAUUUUUUUAAAGGAACGACAAGGCAAGGAAAUAUAACAUCGAGAAAAAAAAAACUCUCGAAAAAUACUGCAA